AUGGAUUCCCUCAUUCAAAUAAGAACAGUAAGCCCUCUUGUUCCCUCGGCUUUCCUAGAUGGAAACAAUCCACAUGACCAAUACUUAGGCACACAUCUUUGGAAAGCAGCAUACUGUAUAGAUUGGCUCAAUACAAAGGAAGCCUCCACUGUUGUAUAUAUUUCCUUUGGUAGUUUAGCUGUCCUUUCCAAAGAGCAGAUCAUAGAAAUAGCCCUUGGGUUGAAAGCUAGUCGACAUUCUUUUUUGUGGGUGAUUCAUCCCGAUCAAAGCAAAGAAGAAAAUAACAACAUAAAUGAUUUUCUAGAGGGUUUUCUUGAGGAAACUAUGGACCAAGGGCUAGAUGUGUCAUGGUGUCCUCAGAUGGCAGUGCUUAAUCAUCCUUCUAUGGGAAUGUUUCUUACACAUUGUGGAUGGAAUUCUACGUUAGAGAGCCUCAGCUCGGGGUUACCUGUCAUAACUAUUUCUCACUGGAGUGAUCAAACAACUAAUUCUAAGUAUAUUGAAGAGGUGUGGAAGACUGGGAUAAGAUUGAAUAAAGCAAAACAUGGGCCAGUUGGGAGGGACGAAGUGGAGAAAUCUAUAAAGACAAUUAUGGAAAGUGAAGGUGGUCUAGAAUUUAGGAAGAAUGCUUUGCAAUGGAAAACAUUAGAAAAGAAAGCAAUGGUGAAAGUUGGAUCUUCUGAUAAGAAUAUUGAUUGUUUUGUUCAUGAAUUCAUUGCUAGAAAAUCACUGGCUUGA